AUGCAGGACGCCUGGACUGCUCGCAAAGUUGAGGAGAUCCAAGGCUACGCGGACCGGACGAGUGAAAAAGCUUCUCCGCUAUCAAAGCUGUCUCGGUCCGCCGACGAAGGGCACUGCUCCUCUCCUCAGCACCUACGGCAACACUCUCCUGACUGUGAAGACGCAAAUCCUGUAGCAAUGGGCCGAGCACUUUCGAGAUGUCCUCAACCGCCCCUCCACCAUCUCCGACGCCGCUAUCGACCGCCUGCCGCAAGUGGAGGCCAACGUGGACCUCGACUUCCCUCCAUCUCUCCAGGAAACCAUCAGGGCCGUGCAGCAGCUCUCCAGCGGGAAAACACUCGGAUCGGAAGCAAUCCCUGCUGA